UUUGCUACAGGGAACCAGCUUCCAGCGGUGCUUCCCAAGAAAGCAGAGUAUGUUAUGAAGGAUAUCAGACGAAUGGCAAAGUAUUGCCAAGUGCCACUGAGUUUACCGAAGGAUAUCCUAGACACUGUGGUUGUGAAAGGAAGUCUGCCUGCCAUGCGUUUUAUCACAGCUGUGGAUAUAGCAGAACCCCAGUUUUUGGAGCCCGUUUCUAGAGAACUUUGGAUGCGCGUUUGGUCCCGGGAUGAAGACAUAGUUCAGCCAGAGAGUAUAUUGGCAGCUGCAGAGAAAGCAGGGUUGCCCUCAGGCAAAAGCCAGGAGCUUCUGAAAAUGAGCAGCUCAGCUGAGGUGAAGAAUCGCCUGAAAGAGACCACAGACGAGGCCCUGAAGUUUGGGGCAUUUGGAGUGCCGUGUUUUGUUAUCCAGAUUGAUGGAAAGCCCCAGCUUUUCUUUGGUUCAGAUCGUGUAGAAGUACUAGGAAGUUUUUUGGGUGAGUGUUACUAAUGUUUUUGUUGUUUGUUAUUGAAG